GGUCGCGAGACGCACUUAGUAAUAACGUCGCUGUGCUCUGCGCUGCGCGAGCGCGAGCUCGAGGGUCUGAACAUCAAACGCGGCAGUUGAGACAAGGCUAACAUGCUAAUGGCGAGAGGGGUGGCGUGUUGUCCUGCCGAGUCACAUCCUCCUCAAAUCCACCACAUAGGGCGGUUUUAAACUCGUCCUGACACACCGAGGACGACUUUAAGACACUCUUAAGACUAGUUUGUGUUUAUUUUGUGAGGGAAAAUGUGUUAAAAGGAAGUGAAAUAACCGGCUCCUCCCUAAAGUUUGAUAGUAGUUGCUGCUUUCCCAUGUCCAUGUCACAUACACAUACACACAGAGCAGUGAUUUGCUGCUGCUGCUGCUGCUGCUGAAGUAGGACUGAAGGAGAAGAAGAAGAAGAAGAAGAAGAAGAGCAGUUAGCGGCACUUUAAUCUCUCCAACAUUUAAAGUUAAUGUUUAUUUUGGUUAUUUUUUAGUCCUUAGAGCCAUGUGAGGUGUCCUGUAAUGUCCACGGAGCAGGAUAAAGAUUCAUUCUCGCUCAAAAGAAAUAGAGGAGGUGACGGUGGUCUGGAUGGUUUAGGAGGGCCCGGCUUGCUCCUCGGGAGCCCGGAUAAGAAGAAACGCAAGUCAAACACACAGGCUCCGUCGUUCGCGCCGCUCUCUGAAUAUGCGCCUCCUCCGAACCCGAGCUCGGAUCACCUGGUGGCUUCCAACCCGUUCGACGAUAACUACAACUCUCCUCCUGCGUCUCUGAAACCCCCGAACCACACCAACCCCUACUUCGGCCCGUCUCACUACCCGGGGUUCAGUGGUUAUGGGCCGCCCCGGAUGGUACCGCACUUCCAGAACAGGAUGCCCGCUCCUUUUGGGUCCCCGUUUCAGAUCCGGAACCAGCCUCACCCGUUCGCCCAGAACCCGAUGGGCCCGAUGGGCUUUAACCGAGCGCCUGGGUUCAACUACGCGCAUCCGGAGAACCCGGCCUUCGCUAAUCAGCCCAUGUUUAAUAACAACGGCGGCAUGCACCAGCACUUCAGACCGGGUCCUGGAGAGAACAUCAGCCAGCUUUCUCUCUCCAGCAUGAACCAGAACCACGGCCCCGAUCCGAUGUUCAGCCCAGAGGCGACUAUAGGAGGGAAUCGUCCUGCAGCUGCGGUGAAAUCCGGCCCGGAUAUGAGCCCUGGACUGAACUUCGCCCAGCCUACGACGCCCAAACAGGAACUGGGCGAGAGCGGGAAUAAGAACGCUACGCCUCCACGGAAACCGAACCAGAUCUUGGAAGAGGGCGGAGCUCAAGAGAGUCAGGCGGAGCUUAAAGGCAAAAACAGAUCUAAUGCAGAAGGAGGUGUGGAGAAGAUCAACGGUGUCCUCCACCCCAACACCGAACCGCUAAAGAAGUCUCCUCAACCUGUCACGGAGAACAGCGCCGAGAGAAACCGGCGGCCCGCGAACAGCAAAACCGGCUCGGCCAAUAGCAAGAGAAAUCGUUUGAGUGGCUCCGCCCCCUCAGAGCCCAUGUACCCGUGCGGGAUCUGCCUGGGUGAAGUGAACGAUGAUCAGGAGGCCAUCUUGUGCGAGGCCUCGUGUCAGAAGUGGUUCCACCGCGUGUGUACGGGAAUGACGGAGACGGCCUACAACCUGCUGACGGCCGAGGCGGCCGCCGUGUGGGGCUGCGACGCCUGCAUGGACGAGAAAGAAGGAGUGCAGCUGCUCAAAACGAGGGAGGCGUCCGGCUCGGCUACGGCAAACAGCGAGGGACAAACCUGAACGAUGCGUGUGUGUGUGUGUGUGUGUGUGUGUGUGUGUGUGUGUGUGUGCGCGUGUGUGUGUGUUUUCAACAUUUUAACCUGCAGAUCUUUUUUGCUUUCUCUGGGUUUUCUUCAGAUGUCAAAAAUAAUGUGCCAUGAAAAAUGGCAAAAUUGUAACUUUAUAAAUCGCAAAUCCACGCCUGCUUUCGUUCAAUCUGCAUCCUGACGCAGCCACGAUUCCUGUUUAUCGCUGAAGGAACCUAAACGUAACCGGUACAUAAAGCGAGACAUUCGAUUAGAAAAAGCGUAACUCAUUUCUCAUCACUCAGUUCUAAGUUAUUUGUUGGUUUAAGCCCCGCCCCUUUAUCUUACAGCAGCUGCACGUUGAAAAUGUUAAAGUAGCGAGAAAGUCUGGGGGAAUGUGACAAAAUCAUUUCAAUACAGUGAUGAAUUUUGUAACGUUUCUGAGAUAUAACAUAUUUAAAAGGAAAAUUACAAGCAGGUGAUUUGAUGUUAAAAAUUUUGUACAGUUUUAAAUCCUUAAAAGGGUAAAAUAUUUUUUUUUAAUCAGAUUUUUUCCCCCACUGCCUUUUGAGUGUUAAUUUAUUGUUAUAGACACUAAAAUAUCAUUAAAUUCUGUUUUUCAAAAUAAUAAAAAAAAUAUGCAAUACUACUGUGCAGUAUGUAUCAUGAUGCAAAGUGUGUAUCGUAGAAACGGAGUCAAGUAUUGUAAUCAUAUCAUGAUGAUAUUUUUGUCAUAUCGCCCGGCCCUAAUAGCAUUAUCAGUAAAUUAACUAGCGUGUGUGUGUGUGUGUGUGUGUGUGUGUGUGUGUGUGUGUGUGUGUGUGUGUGUGUGUGGGGUAAAGAAAUAAAAAUCAGGAUUAGGAGUGAACUCACGAAACUUCAGUUGCAUUUACAAUCUCAACAUGGAUUUGCGAUUCAUAAAGCAAGACUCGUUCUGUAAAAUCUCUCACGGUUGCACCGAAGUCGUGAUAAAUAAAUACUGACGUUGGGGUUUGCGUUGCUCUAGAGCCAUGACAUCGGAGGUCAGAUGUCUUCCUGUCACCUGCACAAAACCGUUAUCUCCAUCUUCAGCUGUAGAAAUUCAUUCUAACGUCAGUAUUUUUUUUUGUCCUCACAUUUUUUUUCCUUAUUUGUUCCUGACGGAUUCCCGCCCCUGAUCCAGCUCUCCUGUAUCACUCGACAGGGUGGAGCUAUCUGCCCUCUUCCUCAUACUUGAGCUCACAGACAGCUACAAUGUAUCGCUGUGAUUGACAGGAGAGAGAGAGAGAGAGAGAGAGUGUGUGUGGAUGCCCCGCCCACCCAGAGAGCACAGCCAAUUACGGCCUCUCAGACUCCCGGCCACGGACGGAUGUAGCAUCAUCAGGAUUCAAACUCACGAAUCAUCUGUGAUACUCAGAGCGCGAACGCGUUUAUGUUGAACCGAAUGUCAGUAUUUUUAACGCUUUAAACACUUUUAACGGUGUGAUUAUGUUUCCAGUUGAGGAAGAAGAGAUGAUGAUAUCGAUACCGAUACCGAUAUCAAUAUCACGAUAAAUUGUUGCAAUACUGUCAGCAUGUGUUGGUUGGAAAUUCUGAAAAUUUAUUUAAAAAUAUUAAUAAUAAUAAUAAUAAGAAGAAGAAGAUUACAUUAAAGUUUUCUUCCCCGCUUCUACUUUCCAGUCACUUUUUCGUCACGUCAUCGUACAUGUUUGGAUUUUAAGUGCAGAUUUUUCUGCGGAACGAAAUCCAGACGUGUUCUACAUGACAGUUUAAUCGCUUCAUUAGCUAUCGUAUCGAUUAUCGUAUUUAUUAAAUUCCCUAAGCGCCUGAGGGAGGAAGAAAAAAAAAAACGCUCACUGAAUUCACACAUGCUCUCUUUUUUGUAAUUGAACAAAAUCAUCACGUCAGAGGAGCGAAUGAAGGAUGAAGAGUUUUGCGGCGCUGAAUGUAGCGAUGAUCGUUUUAGAAUCGAUUUCGUCGAGUCGUCGAGUCUUAGCGAACGUUUCCGCUUUGCUUGUGCUCUGUACGCACUUGGCUUUGCUGCGUUGAUCUCCUUUUGCCAGAUGUUUCCUCCAGUGUGCCAUUUAUUAUUAUUUCUUAAUGUAAUUGUGAUUAAUGUAGCAGAGAGAGAGAGAGAGAGAGAGAAGAGCUGCGAUGACAAUAAUAAUGAUAAUAAUAACGCACACUUAUUAUUUAGCGUGUGCACUAAAAUGCUUUUAAAUCCUCUUUGAUGAUCAUUUAAUGGCAUUUCUUUUACUGGUUUAUUCUGUUUUAUAUGAGGGUUUGUUACUUGAAGGUCGAAGAAAUUGCACAGAGUCUAUCAGUCCAGGAUUUAUGGAUGGUAAAUAAAUGGAUUUAUAUCA